AUGUCCUUGGAGGAAAUGAAGGAUCUCCACCUGAAGGGAAAAUACCUACUACCAGAAACUCAAGAGGUGGACGGAGUCCUCAUGACCAAGUUUAUAAGUGAUAACUGGGACAAAAUCUGGAAUUUCCAAGCAAAACCUGAUGAUCUCCUCAUAGCGACCUAUGCAAAAUCAGGCACCACCUGGACACAGGAGAUUGUGGACAUGAUCCAAAAUGAUGGAGACGUGCAGAAGUGUCAAAGGGCCAACACUUUCGACCGGCAUCCUUUCAUUGAGUGGACUCUGCCACCACCCCUCAACUCAGGUUUGGAUUUGGCCAGCAAAAUGCCUUCUCCUAGAACUCUGAAGACUCAUCUGCCUGUUCAGAUGUUACCACCCUCCUUCUGGAAAGAAAAUUCGAAGAUUAUCUAUGUGGCUAGAAAUGCAAAGGACUGUCUGGUGUCCUACUAUCAUUUCUCAAGAAUGACUAAAUUGGUGCCUGAGCCUGGUACAUGGGAGGAAUUUGUUGAGACGUUCAAGGCUGGAAAAGUGCUGUGGGGCUCCUGGCAUGACCAUGUAAAGGGAUGGUGGGAAGCCAAGGACCAGCACCACAUCCUUUACCUCUUCUAUGAAGACAUGAAGGAGGACCCAAAGAGGGAAAUUCAGAAGAUAUUAAAGUUCCUGGAGAAAGAAGUAUCAGAGGAAAUUCUGAAUAAAAUAAUCUAUCACACCUCCUUUGAUGUAAUGAAGGAAAACCCAAUGGCCAACUACACCACUUUCCCAACCAGCUUCAUGGACCACUCCAUCUCCCCUUUUAUGAGGAAAGGGAUGCCGGGUGACUGGAAGCAUUAUUUUACUGUGGCCCAGAAUGAAGAAUUUGAUAAGGACUACGAGAAGAAAAUGGCAGGCAGCACCCUCACCUUCCGCACAGAGAUCUAA